GUAAAAAUGCUGAAAUUGCAGAAUUUUGGUAAAAAUUAGUAAAAAUAAUGCAAUAAAUAAUUUUCUAUUCAUUUCAAAUGCAUAAUAAUUCAUGUAACCUAAUCUCAUAAGGAAUAAGUGAUCAAUCUUUUUGAAUACUAUGUAUUCAAUACCAUUAAUCUACUUUACUAUACCAUGUACAAGAGACGAAAGAUGAGUUAUUAUGGUCAGUUGAAGUACUUUACAGUGAUUAUUCUAUGUACAGUCACUCUUUAUGUGAUCUUAUGUCAAACGUUCACUCAUUUAGACCCGUCCCUGACACCUUCGUCUUUACAACUGUACACACCUUACAAAAAUAGCGAACAAUUAAUAAAAAGUUUAAAAUCAGUGGUUCAUAUUCAGAAUGAUUCACAAGGAUUUGGAUUCGUGAAGAAUGCCGAUGAUUUGAAAUUAAGAAACGAAGGAUACACUAAAUACGGUUUCAAUGCCUUAGCUAGUCGAAAUAUAGGAAAUAUGCGCGAUAUUCCUGAUACUCGACACAAAUUAUGCAGGCCAAUUACUUAUUCAAAUGAUCUCCCUACUGCCAGUAUUGUCAUUUGUUUCUAUAACGAACAUUAUGAUACUCUUCUUCGAACAAUUCAUACGAUUUUGGAACGAACACCAGCUCAGUUUUUAAAAGAAAUUAUUUUGGUUAACGAUUUCAGCGAUAUAGAACUUCUUCAUGAAAAUGUACAAGAUUACAUAUCUUCGACGAAAGCGGUGUCUUCAAAAGUACAUUUGCAUAAAACUCCUCGUAGAGAAGGAUUGAUCCGAGCUCGAAUCUUUGGGGCGAAUCUAGCUACAGGCGAUGUUUUAAUAUUUCUGGACAGUCACGUUGAAGUGAAUGUGCAAUGGAUUGAACCUUUGUUAUCAAGAAUUGCAGAAAAUCCCCAUAUUAACGUAGUGACACCAAUCAUCGAUAUUAUAAAUCCUGAUACUUUGGAAUAUUCAUCAUCGCCUCUUGUUCGAGGUGGAUUUAAUUGGGGUCUUCAUUUUAAAUGGGAGAACAUUCCUAAAGGACUGCUGAAAACUGAAGAAGAUUUUAUUAAACCGAUCAAAUCUCCGACAAUGGCUGGUGGAUUAUUCGCCAUGAAUCGCGAGUAUUUCAAUAAAUUAGGGCAAUAUGAUUCUCAAAUGGAUAUUUGGGGUGGUGAAAAUUUAGAGAUAUCAUUUCGGAUUUGGAUGUGUGGUGGAAACCUAGAAAUUAUACCAUGUUCCAAAGUUGGGCAUAUAUUCAGGAAACAUAGACCUUAUACAGAUCCUGACGGUCAAGAUUCAAUGACGAAAAAUUCUCUAAGAUUAGCUCAAGUGUGGCUGGAUCAGUACAAGGAACAUUAUUUUGCAGCUGUACCUCAGGCUAAAUACAUGAAAUAUGGCGAUGUUUCGGAACGUAUAGAAUUAAGGAAACGGCUAAAUUGCAAAUCCUUCGAAUGGUUUCUGAAAAAUGUUUAUCCGGAACUGAUACUCCCCGACGAUAACAAGGAAAAAUUGAAAGAGAAAUCGAAAUAUUUCGAUAAACCUGUGUAUCAACGCUGGGAUGAGCGAAAACGGAAUUAUAUCAAUAGUUUCAUGAUAAGACUGUCAAACACCAAUCUGUGUGCUACUUCGGAAAAAGAUGUCAAAACAAAAGGAUCAUUUUUAAUAUUGAAACCUUGUUUACGAUCAAAAAACCAAAUGUGGUAUGAGACUGAUCUCAAGGAGCUUAUCUUAGCUCAGCUAUUAUGUUUGGAUACGGGAACCACUAGCGAUAAGGGUGAUAAGCCGAAAUUGACAAAAUGUCACGAAAUGAAAGGUGCUCAAGAAUGGAGUUACAGUAACAAGAAGGAUACGGCUAUUUAUAACAUGGCUGGUGGAACUUGUCUGGGAGCUGCUUCUGCCGAAGCGAAUUCUUUUCUCGUGAUGAAAUUGUGCACCAGUACUGAGAAUAUAAGAUGGUUUCUCGUGUGAAAUUCUCAUUCAAUUGUGAUUGUUAUUUAUUUGUUGAAUUUUAUACGUUUUAAAAAUGAAUUAAUAGGGCAUUUCAAACUACGUCAUCCAAGUCACGUGAUAACGAAGUGGUGUGUAAACCAAGUCGAAUUAUAUACAGUACUGAAUGGAGAAUCGUAUUGUGCUCGCUGUUUACUAAAAUUACUCAAAAUAUUCAACGAACACAUUGAUAUUUUAAUACUGAAAAAUGUUCGUAGUUUUAUCCUCUUUACAUUGAUUUUUUCCCGAAAGCUCUACCUUUCACCGUUCAAAAGUUCUUGAAGUUAGAAGUUGCGAAAACAAGGCAAAAACCAGCUGCGGGCGGCAAGUAAUGAACUCUUUUGGCAACUUUGACCGGCAAGAACUUUUGAACGGUUAAGGGUAGAGCUUUCAGGAAAGAAUCAAAUUAAAGAGAAUAAAACUACGAACAUUUCACCGUAUUAAAAUACCUAUGUGUUCGAUGAAAAUUUUGAGUAAUUUUAGUUCAAAGUUCAAUACUUGCCGCCCGCAGCUGGUUUUUGCCUUGUUUUUGCAACUUCUAACUUCAAGAACUUUUGAACGGUGAAAGGUAGAGCUUUCAGGAAAGAAUCAAAUUAAAGAGGAUAAAACUACGAACAUUUUGCUGUAUUAAAAUAUCAAUGUGUUCGUUGAAAAUUUUGAGUAAUUUUAGUUUAAACAGCGAGCGCAAUACCUAGUACAUUUCGCAUCGUUUGCACACCAUUUCGAUUAUCAGACCGGUGUGACGUCACUUUUUAAUGCCCUAUCCAACAUUUUUCUUGAGUGUUGUUUUUUUAAAAAAUAAAGUAUGUAAACAUC